CUGCAAAAAACGGAUGCCGGUUUUUAACCAGUGCCAGCGGUAACAUUGCGUGAAACCUCAGCCAUUUGAUGGAAACAGGGCAAAGCUCUUCAGAUACCCUGGUGGCCUACACCAAGUGCAUUAACUUUGCGGCUAUAAAACAUCGGAAUCAGCGGCGAUUAGAUACGGAGGAAACGCCUUACAUAAACCACCCAAUCGGUGUGGCACAUAUUCUGGCCACAGAAGGCGGUAUAACCGAUAUCGACGUGUUGUCGGUGGCCAUAUUGCACGAUACGGUAGAAGACACGGAUACUACGUUCGAGGAGAUUGAAUCCCAGUUCGGGUCAACGAUACGAUCGUUGGUGGAAGAGGUUACGGACGACAAGUCGCUACCAAAGCAGGAACGAAAGCGUCUUCAGAUAGUACAUGCCGGGGGCACGAGCUAUCGAGCACGGUUGGUGAAGCUGGCCGAUAAAAUCUACAAUCUGCGCGAUCUGCAACGCUGUAAGCCGAAAAAUUGGACCGACGAGCGGUGCCGCGAAUAUUUUCGCUGGGCGAAACAAGUUUGUGAUAAUCUAAAAGGCACCAAUGAACCGUUGGAACGCAUUCUGGACGAUAUAUUUAAGCAGGAAAAUGUUGUUUAGUAGCUUGUUGAUGAGUGAGUGCUAAUAAAUUGGCCACCUUCCGACAAUAGCGUGGUAAAGAUCGUUAUUUGCAAUGCUUCUUCAGGAACUCCUGCAUGUACUGUUUUAGCGCUGUGGCCUCCUCGACGGUAACGGCGUUGUAGAGUGAUGCACGGAUUCCUCCCACCGAUCGAUGACCUUUCAGUUGUUGCAUACCGAGCGCUUCGGCGCCUUUUAGGAAAAGUUUCUCUAGAUCCUCGUCACCAGCGGCGCCUCCGAUGCGGAAGGGUACAUUCAUCCGACUCCGUACCCGUGCUUCGACCGGACAGUAGUAGAACCCGUUCGAAUUCGCUAUCACAUCGUACACGAGCUGCGAUUUCGUGAGCGACUUCCGAUGCAUCUCCUCGACACCA